GAGUUAUCUAUAGUAUAAAUCUCUUAACUAAUGAGGGCGCACUUGCUAUGAAGAAGCGAAGUCAUGGCGGUACUCGUUGAUUAGUUCGAAUUACAGAAGUGAAGAAACCUGAUUUGAUUUAUGUAAACACGUUGCCCUAUAAGGCGGGGAUAAGUUAUUAGAAGCCACAAAUCUUCGUAAAUCGCUUUGUCAAUCGCUUUGUCAAUAGUUCUGAUAUUGAUAGUCGACAUUAAAGACAAUUCAUUGACUGAUUACGUUGGUGGCAGUGUUGUUUCAUUUCCCGUCCUUAUACGCACCCUUAAACGUUGAGCCAUGUGAAGCAAAUGAACCUCCUUCCAUAGCCGCAACAAUGCCAGAAGCAUGUGAGAAUCGUAAUGUAGAUUGACUGGCUGCUGAUUAUGUAGUUGAUGGAGAGCCUAGGCAGUUUUCCCCAAAGAAGAUUAAAGAAAUUAAAAGUAGAAAUGCUUUGGUCAAGAAAAAAAGGAAUCUGGGGGAAGCAUAUACCACAGAAAAAACAAACAAACUGAUGCCUGCAAAAAGAGAUGCAAUGGAAAACAGUAUGUGCACUUACUGUGAAUUUAAAGAGCUUGACUGUAAGAAAUUAACAGAAGCAGAACGUUUCCAAAUAAGAAGAGCAUUCUAUGAUAUGGGGAACUUACAGAAACAGAGAGAAUGGCUAACCCGGCAUGUAUUUUGUGUACAUCCUGAAUCUCAAAAUAAUCGUAGAUGCAGUUACUUCUUGCCUAAUAUUGAAUCAGGUGAGAAAUGGCAAGUGUGCAGAUCUAUGCUUAUUUCUACAAUUGGUAUAUCAGUCCAACAAAUUCGUACAGUAAUGUCGAAACUUGAUGCCUGUGGUGUUAUUGAAUAUGAGAAAAGGGGUGGGCGUCAGCUAGUUGAGAGUGACAGAUUGCUUAGAGAAGAAGUGGUAAAGCAUAUUGAGAAAUUUCCUAGAAUGGAAUCACAUUAUUGCAGAUCAAGUACUAAAUGUCAAUACUUAUCCUCAGAUCUCAAUUUCAGUAUAAUGUACAAAAUGUACAAGGAGGAACAUCCAAUGGGAGUAUCAUAUUCAUUUUACAUGAAAGUAUUCAAAUCACUUAAUCUUAAAUUCCACCAUCCAAAAAAAGACACCUGUGGGUUAUGUGAAGUAUUCUUUAACUCUAAUGGUGAACAGAAGGCUCGUUUGCAAGAGGAGUUUAACUGCCACAUAAACGAAAAAAAUGAAGUCCGUAACCUGAAAACACAGGCAAAGGAAAGAGCUUCUAGUGAUAAGAAGUAUGGUGCCGCUGUGUUUGACCUGCAGCAAGUCAUUUAUGUUCUUAAAUCAGCUCGGUCAGAGCUGUUCUAUAAACGCCAUCUAUCUUGUUACAACUUUACGGUGUAUGACUUUAGCAACUAAAGAUGGAAACUGUUACUUUGCCCAUGAAGGGCAAACACGUAGGGGUUCCUGUGAAAUUGCAUCGUAUCUGUACACAUACCUUCAAGAAAUGGACACUAAAGGUGUCGAAAAAAUGGAUUUUUUCUCAGACGGAUGCAUUGGCCAGAACAAAAAUUCUGUUAUCCCAGCGAUGAUGAUGUAUUUCAUUGAAUCCUCAAAAUCUAUCCAAGAGAUUACCCUCAAUUUCUUCGAAACUAACCAUGUUCAGUCUGAAGGAGACUCAAUUCAUAGUACCAUAGAAAGAGCAAUCAACCAAGUGUCGGAAAUUGCUUUACCAUUUCAGGUUGUGAGUAUCAUCAGCAUGGCUAGAAAACGUCCAAAGCCAUAUACUGUUAUUCCUACAAAAUCAGCCGAUAUCAAAGAUUGGAAGACAUUAAGCCAAAAGAAAGGAAUACUUAGAGUGCGUUAUGCUGAGUCCGGCAAAAACAUUGACUGGACUAAGUUUAUGCAAGUUCAGGUAAAAAAGAAUGAACCAGAAACAGUAAGAUUUAAGUACUCGCACCUAGACAAGGAAUACGAAGUAAUCAACCUUUCUAAUAGCAUGCGUCGACAGUCAGAAAGUUCUGAUGUUGAAAGUCCCCAAAAUCUGUACAAGGCAGGUUACCCAAGAUUGUCAGAAGCGAAGUAUCAGGACUUACAAAGUCUCUGUUCCGGACCCACUCCAGUCCUUUCACAUCCAGAAUACCAAACCUUUUAUAGGCAGCUUAAUCAUUGACAUUAUUAAUAACAAAUAAGAAUAUCAUAAAACCUCGAAUUGAAGAACAAACUAAUAACACAUUGAGACUGAAGUAAAAUGUCAAAUGAGGUUUUUAUUUAGAAAAACUAGAAAAAGCAACCAAUCUAUCUGUAAUGUGUAGUAGCUGUGAAUAUAUAAUACUGUACCUCCAUUAUAAAGUAGAGUAAUAUACUGCUGUAUAAUAAUAAUUUUCUAUGUUUGAACCAUGUGUUUUUACACACUAUUCAAGUAUAUAUAAGAACAAUUUCAGCCUGAAAUUGGCCAAAAUAUAACAUUGAGCCUAGGCAAAAUUUUACUGGUUCUUAUAUAAAAAAAAGUGUAGUGCACUGUAUCUUUUUUAGGUUUGUGUACAAUAAACCAAUUCAAAUAUAUAUAUAUAUAUCAUGCACCAAGAUUAAUUCUAGGCUAGUGUUUUUACAUCUAGCAUUAUGACGCAAGCCUGUGGAAAGAAAGGACAGACACCCACCCACCCAAUAUUCGUUUAACAAAUGGUAAUUGAAACAAGAUAUAUUAGAACCUGUAGAACUUCAAUAUUAUGUAUAAACACUACUACUGUUUGAUUAUAGAACUAACAUUAAAACACGGCGAUUUACUAAAGCAAUUAGAAUAGUGCUAAACACUAGGGGAAAUUCAUUAUACUUAGGUUGGAUUACUCCAUUAAAAAAAUCCUUAAGGGCUUGCAGGCCCUCAGAAUUUUUUCUUGCAUUAAUCUAACCUUCGUAUAAAUUUCCACUAGUGUAUUAUAUACAACUAUUAUAAUUGCGUAUUAAUGAUAAUGAUAAUAAUAAUAAAGCAAAGUUUUGAUGAUUCAUUCAAGUUUGGUGUUCCAAUGAUGUAACCAAAUCAUUUUAGCUGUUGUGUUUCUGUAGUCUAAGAGUCGCUUACUGUGUUUGUCUGAUUCUAAAAAUGAUGUUUUUUAAAAAUAGUUUGUCUUUAUAGUACAAGAUUCUUGCUGUGAAUUUUCUUAUAAAAUACACUAAUGUGUUAAUGAAAAUGAACUGUUUAUAAUUAAGACAAUGUUUUUAACCAAUGUAGUAUUGUUCAAGAAAAUAUUGUAUUUGCUGACCAAAAUUUAAGUUGUUCUCAAAUCAAUUAGAAUACAGUAGAACUCUUAUUAAGGAAACACAUUUUGGACCUAAAAAGUGUCCCAAUAACUGGGGGUUUUUGCCAUGUUUCCCCAUGGUUAAAGGUCAAAAUAGACAAGAUUGGUUUAUACAAAUUAACACAAGCAGUAGACCUAUACUGAUAUUCAAACUAAGGUUCAGGGGAGAACAUUCUGGUUUAUUGCUCAAAAGGUGUCUACGAUAUUUAGAUUCAGAUAGUCGUUAUAACACUGUCAUGAGACUUGAUUUAUAAAGUUUAAUGACUUUCUUUUUUUGAGAAAGAAAAAAUAAGUGUCCCCUUAAUAGGAUUUAUUUGACCAUUUGGCACACUCAGGAAGUGUCCCUG